AUGGUGACUAUCCGUAAUUGGCGUAAAACUAAGCACGCCCUCCCCGACGCCGACCCGGACGCAGCUCCUUGCCACCCCGGAGCUGAUGGCUGGGUUAGCACUGACGGCAAACUCAUGUGUGAGUGUGGUGCUGUGGUCAAAAAUGAUUCACACUGCAUUUCUUCGCACUUGACUAAAGUCCACAACCCCAGCUCGGCCUACCAGAAGACGCAGUUUAAGCUGGACGGUAUGGUUUGGGCAUGCCCCGAUUGCGAUUCACACCAUCGCAAUUGGAAUGCGCUGCUGGCUCAUUACCGUCGUCAUCCCCAUGACUUCAGAGGAGAUUCCUCCGGGUUACGGGAUCAAUCAGAUCCCUACAAACCGGAGAGCAGCUUAGAUGAAGCCUUCAUCGCCUUCAUCGCUCGAGCACGAUUAGCAAACCAGAUUCACUAG